AAUCCUCUCUCCUCCGCUCUUCCUCCUCUCUUCUUACGGAAGAUAAAGGAAGAGUGCCGAGGGCAGCGAGAGAGAGAGAAAGAGAAAGAGAGUUUCCAUUCGAGCGCUGUCGUCGAUCGACAAAUCGAAAAAGGAAAUAAUUCAUCAGAAAUAGUGGAUGGCAUGUCUUUACUUUGAGUCUCCACAACUCUUCUCAAAGCAUCAAUCAUAUGAUGAUUCAUUCGACCAACAGUUUGAGGAUAGCAUUUCGGCCGAAUUUUUAACCGAGCCUGAUGCUUCAACGUCUUAUCUUUCUAAUAAUGUUAAUAUCCCUAAACCACCUCCACUUCCAACUGCAUCUUACAGAAAAACCAACAUCUCCAAGAGGGUAACAAGUUGCAAUUGUGUCCUGUAUGAAACAAGCCAUGCUUGGGACAGGCUUUUUACUGAAGGAUAUCAUGCUGAUGUCCAUGUUCUUAUAGAUGACAAAGGUAUAAUUUUGGCACAUUCAAAUAUUCUGGGUAUUUCAUCUUCUGUGCUAAGAAGUAUGUUGGAGAGAUCAAAAGUCAAAGAGGGUUUCCGAUGUAUUAAAAUCCACGGUGUGCCCUCAGAAGCUGCCCGUGCAUUUGUUCGAUUUCUAUAUUCAUCAUGCUAUGAUCCUGAGGAUAUGAAGAGAUUUGUACUUCACUUGCUUGUCCUGUCUCACUCGUUUGCAGUCGCCUCGCUUAAAAGAGCAUGCAUCAGUGAACUAGAACGAUCAUUAUUGACAACUGACAAUGUUGUUGAUGUUCUCCAGUUGGCUAGAAAGUGCGAUGCUCCCCGACUUUCUUUAAUGUGCAUCCGUCUGAUCAUUAAAGAUUUUAAGACUAUCUCAGCGUCAGAAGGAUGGAAAGUUAUGAAGCAUACCAAUCCCAGUCUGGAACAAGAGCUCCUAGAAUCCCUUGUGGAGGCAGAUUCAAAAUUGCAAGAAAAGGGAAAAAGGAUUGAAGAGAGGAAGGUAUAUGUACAACUAUAUGAAGCAAUGGAAGCUCUUCUCCACAUAAGUAGAGAUGGGUGUCGCACAAUUGAACCUCGUGACAAAAUCCUGAAUGACAGCCAGCGCACUUGCAACUAUCCAGCCUGCAAAGUGCUUGAAUCACUGCUCCGCCAUUUCUUAGGCUGCAAGGCACAAGUCCCAGGUGGAUGCCAACAUUGCAAGCGCAUGCGGCAGCUCCUUGAGCUCCAUUCUCGCAUGUGUGCUGAACCAGACUUAUGCAAGGUCCCUUUGUGCAGGCAUUUCAAGGAUAAGAUGCACCCGAACAAGAAAGAAGAGGCGAUGUGGAACACACUCGUGAGAAAGGUGAUGGCGACUAAAGGCACCAUCAGCUCCAUCUCAGCUUGGAGACCACUUAUAGCAUAACAUCGUAUUGUGUAUAUGAAAUAUUAACGACAACAACAGCAGCAAAGUUUUUAACUCGACUUUUCGAGUUUGUGUAUAUGGAAUAAGAUAUAUUAAAAUGUAAAUGAGGAUCAUAUUAAAGUAUAAGGCGUAUUGGAGAUGCUGUUUGUAUUUCUGUCAGAUUAAGCGAAGUUUGUAAGCAUGUACACUGUUAAGGAGGCUGUAUUCAGUAAAAGUUUGGAGA